UCUGUAUGUGUUUUCGUUUCCCUGUAUAUCUGAUGUUUCCUUGACGUGUUCGUGUCAUUGGGCCGCAGCCGGAGCGGAACACCGAGUCCACCGGGUCUACCUAGUCCACCUAACUAGUCUACCUAGUUUACCUACCUAGUCGAACUAGUCCCCGGGUCUAACUAGUCCUCCUAACUAGUCUAACUAGUCCCCUAGUCCUCUGAACCUCGGGAGUAUCAUGACAUCCACCAGGUCCAGAGUCCAGAGCAGAGGCAGCCGGAUGGCGGCGGAGGCGGCAGCGUCCGGCGGGCUGAAGCAGAGCCGGCUGGCCCGGGAGCAGCUGGAGGACGCCAUCACUGCCGUGAUGAAGGCCGAGCAGCAGCUGAGAGAGAACAGCAGAGAGGUGAGGGCGGAGCUUCAGAGCAGUGUGAGUCGUCAGCAGGAGGCUCUUCGCUGCAGAGAAGUUUGGCUGCUGGAACAAAUCCAACAGCUGGAGCUCCUGAAGACUGAGACGCUGCAGCAGCAGCUCCACCGUCUGCACUGGCUCAGAGGACAGUUUGACGUGAUCGUCCAUCAGCUCCAGAACUCCAACAGCAGAAGGAGCUUAAAUCACCAAUCAUCAUCCUGUGUGUGCAGGUUGUCCUCUCUGAGUCUGACACCUGAGGAAACACCUGAGAUGAGUUUCCAUGCCGACACUCGCUCUCUGAGGAACGCCAUCACCUCGUUCGGCAGCAUCACGGCUCAGCUGGUGGAGGGCGUGUCCUCGCAGAGCGGUCCAGUUGCUGCCAAGAAACAGAAGAUGGAGGACGGAUCUCUGAGCAUCUGGCUGAUGGGAACUCCUCCAUCAAGCAACGCUCCUAUUGGCUACCAGGCCAGCAAGAACCCUCAGGAUUGGCUGAUGGCACACAAGGACGGGAAGACUUCCUGUCCCGUCCUGGACUCGGUGGACUUCCUGCAGGCCUGGGGUCAGCUCCGGGACCUGGAGGCGUGGCUCCACCAGGACCAGAACACCGUCAGCAGGGAGCGCACCCACAGCAGCUGCAGCUCCUCCUUCUCCAUUGAGAAGAUCGACGAAUCAGAGUUCACCGUGUCUCCCGAGGAGGAGGAGGAGGAGGAGGAGGAGGAGGAGCUGCUGAGCGACUGGCUCAUCACCCCCCCACGGCCCAUGGAGACCACGUCAGACGCCGAGCGGUGGAAGCGGGUGAUGAAGCCGUUCGAGGGCGGCUGGUCUUCAGGUGAUUGGCUGAUGGGGUCGAGCCGCCCCGCCGACUGCUCCUCUUGCUGCCAGACCACCAAGGCCUUGGAGAUCGAGAACCUGGGCCAGCUUAAGUGCCUGAAGACCCCGCCCGCCUCCCCCACCUCCCCUGCCCCUGCGGUGGCCCUGGAGGGGUGGCUUCAGCAGGUGGUGCCGGUCCAGCAGACCUGCAGGGCCAACGAGGUCUGCGCCUCCUUCUCCGAUUGCGUCUGUGAGGAGAACUGUGGGAGAGAAGCGCUGAGCCUCUGGCUGCUCAGACAGGAUGGACGGGACAAAAACGGGGUCCCUCGAUCCAAUCAAGCCCCGCCCACUACUGAGGAAGCCCCGUCCACCACCAAGGAAGCCCCGCCCACCCGGCACCACAGAGAGCAGGAACAGAAGGUUCAGGCCAUCCUGGAGGCCUGGCUCCACCCCCCCAGCACCUCCCCCCUCUCUGGUUGGGGGUCUCUUGAGGAGGAGAAGGCCAGCAGGGAGGAGCACAGCUCGUCUCCGUUCCAACGCCCUCUGGAUCCAGGUCUCUGGGUCCUCCCAGGACAGCUGGCCCCUCCGGCAGCAGAGGAGGACAAAUGGCUGCUGAAGAAGAGGAGUCAGGCUCAGGAGCGUCUGGCGCUGCCGUCAGUCUGUGACCUGUUCUCCUGUAUGAAGCUGGGCGGAGACAAAGACAAGUGGCUGCACAAAGCUCCUGAACAGAUGUGAUGAUGAUGAUUCUUCUUCUUCUUCUCUCUUGGAGUCACUUUAACGCUGAUCAGCGAACACGACUGCAACAAUGUAACCACGGCUCCGCCUUCUUUCCUGUGACAUCAGCACACUGAGCUCUCCUCCAAUCAGGAUCCAGAUCCUUCCGUGUUAAAGGACCCCUCAGUGAGACUUGAUGCAGCUUCCAGUCUUUGAUCUUUUAUUUCUUCUUCUCAUGUUUUUCUUUGUUUCCUGUGAUUCAGAGCUUCUGAUCAUUUUCAUAAUCCAUUGCGUGACUUUCUAUAUUCAUUGUUGAUUUGUUAUUUGGUCGACAGUUUUGAUGGUUUUUUUCUUCUUUUAAUUGAUGAAACGUUCAGACACUUCGGCUCAUGAGUCUUCAUCAGUGGAUCUUAAAAAUUUCCCACAAUACAUUGUACCAACUGAUCCUGACAGGAGAGGGGGCGGGGCCUGAGAGGGGCAGGGCUAACCUUCGUUAUUUUAAAUGAACCUUCUUUAACUAACUUCUUAAUUUAACGGGUGGAAUGUUCCUUUUCUUCUUCUCUUGUUACCGGUGGAACUGCUGAACUCUACUUCCUGUCCAGGCUGCAUCACAUGACCGAUGCUGUGUUCUGCACAUGCUCAGUAGUGUUCUCUCUUUUCAUGGAUUAAAUAGUAAUAACUAAAAAUCAGUUUACCCGGCCUCUCUUUCAUGACGAGAUGAGCCAUCUAUCAAUACGUUUAUUAGCUUUUUGAUUGAUUUAUUAAUUGAUGCUUUUUUGCUGUUUAUCAAUUCAGUUCAGGCAAGUUUAAUUAUUAUUAUUAUUAUUAUUUUAAAACCCAAUCAAGUAAAUGUGUUAAGGAAACCUUACAUCUUUGAUCUUUCAAAUUAAAAGCUCCUUGCCUUUUUUAAUCUGUAUUUUAUACCCUGAGUUGAGUCUUGCAGGCAGACCCCGGUUUGAUAGGUGGAGUUCGUCACAUGUCAUGACACCACCUGGAAGACUCAGUUCAGGGCACAAAGCAGGUUUAUGAAAUCUACAGAAUCAAGUUACCUGCAGUAUGUCAGGUCACAUGACUCUGCAGUCAGCAGUGAUUGGUGCUUUUUAUUGAAGCUCUGACAAUGUUUGGGGGGCGGGGCUAAUAUAUAUAAUGUCAGAGCUGUGAUUCUAUACAAUAAUAAAACAUGCUGACAUCAUCA